AUGACUGUUGUAGACCUUAAAACGGGAGCCAUCGGCUCGACCAUCUUACCUAUUUUCCAAACCGGUACAUCAUUUAAAAGAUUUUUGGGUGUUGAUGACAAUGAUAAUUUUCUCAUUUUAGUACAAAGUGUUGGUCUUGGAGUGGCUACGAUUACACCAUCUGGAAAAUUAGUUACCGCACCAGUGUAUGCCGGUCCCAUUUUUGCUAGUUAUACAUGGUACUAUACCUCUUACCAGUAUGACAGUAAUCGUGAUUCUGUAUACCUUGUAGUCAGUGGACCUCGGUUGUUUGAAUAUGAGUUUAACAGUUCAUCCACCGAUACUGUCCCACUCGCAAUGCCAAACCAGAUCAACACUCCCAAUGGUUGUUUCGAUGGUGUAGAUAAUUACUACUUUAUGCAAAUCGCUGAUAACACGUAUAGCCAAUUCUUCUUUUCACACUAUUCACUCAAAGACCAAGAACAACACGGUGUCACCAACGUGACUGGUAUUGCACCCGACUCUUACACCUACCUUUUCUGUGCCAACAAAGAGGUUUAUGUCGUAGCCUACAAUAUCGACAAGACUUCCGACAUGUCAUUGUACCUUUUAGAUACCGAUGACUCUUCGGCCACUCUGUCAUACAACCAAGACACUGGUCUCCCAAACUCACUCAACCUUUGGUUCAUUGACAACUACUUUGUAUUCCUCUCUGAAAAUGACAACAACGAAUACUAUUUGACCACCGUCGACCUCAACACCAACACAGUAGUCUCAAAGACCCAAGUACAAGGAACCUUUGCUCUUCGUCCAGAUGCCUCUGGUGUUUAUUAA